UCUGCGCCGGGUCGUAAACGAGUUACAACGCGUGCUGUGUGAAGUGUUGAAAUAUCGUGCAUUGUUAGUGUAACGGAUUUUGAAAGCUAUGAUUGCGUGCCGUAUGAACUUAAAUCGUGUGAACUUAUAACAGCAUGUGGCUGUGGGAGCCAGGGCGGGGUCCUGCGCGUGCGCCGCUGUGCGCGGGCGUCGCGCUCGCACUGUCGCUGACCCUGACCGCGGGCCGCCGGGAUUACAAGGACGCGGACCGCAUGAACUCAGACAUCUCCCUGUGGAUCGACGAACGGCAGGUCCGGAUGUUCAGUGGUAUAUCUAUGCAAGUGUUCGCGAUCCAGAACGGUAUUAUAUCCCCGUACAUACUGGAACCGAACUUCUCUCACAAGUUGCCCAUCAUCCCGUCGGAGGUCGGCUACGUAAACUUCACGUGGCGCUCUAAGAAGAGAUAUUACUAUAACUUCGAUACGCUGACGUCAUCUGACUUAAAAGUAUUAAAACCGCCGAUACUAUCCAUCAAGACGCAAGGCAGGGUGCCUAAGACUCCUAAAGAGUUCAGUAUAUUCCUACCGUGCAUGGGCAAUGUCAGCGGCGUGGCCACGUUCGAGAUUGGUCUCGUGUUGAAGAACGGCCGAGGCACUCCUCUGAAAGGCACCCCUUUAAGGUUAAACCUAAAAAAGGAAUGCGCACAGAGAGGUGUGUAUUUAGGAAGGACAGGCCCGGAUCCGGAGUGUGAUAAAAAAUGUGCUAAUCAAGGAUGGUGCAAUAGUGAAAAGAUAUGUCAAUGUCCUGACGGUUACAUGGGUCAACAUUGUCGAACAGCGCUGUGCUACCCGCAGUGCAUGAAUGGCGGGAACUGCACUGCUCCCGGAGUGUGCUCCUGUCCGCCUGGAUACCAGGGGCGACAUUGUGAAGGAGGUAUAUGUGCGAAGAAAUGCUUAAAUGGUGGUAAAUGCAUUCAGAAGGACACAUGUGAGUGCCCUAAAGGUUACUAUGGCCUGCGGUGUGAAUACUCCAAAUGCGUAAUACCAUGUUUAAAUGGCGGACGGUGCAAAGGUGUGAACAAGUGCAGGUGUCCAGCGGGGUUGGGGGGCAACCACUGCGAGGUGGGGCGGCGGGGGGGCGAAUGCACCCGGGCUUGUAGACACGGCGUGUGCCGCGGGGGUGCGUGCUUGUGUGAGCCCGGCUGGAGGGGUCGGUAUUGCCAUCGUACUUAUGGUUCUUCAGAAGAAUCGGGAGAAUAUAAACGGCCACGGUGAAAAAGUACAACGGAGAAUAAACUUAAACUACAUGUGAUUUAAUUUAAUAUGAAAACAUUAGAAAUAUAUAUGAUACAAAGUGUAAUAUUAUUAGUCAUUAAGGUUAUAAGAUAGAUUGUUUAGUAUAUAAUACAUAUGAUAUUAUAUGAAUAAGAAAUAAAUAAAUUAGAAAAUCUG